UCGUGAUAACGUUUGCAAAAGCGUGUACUGUACUGUUUUGUUGUAAUGCUUGUGUUAAAAAUUAAUUUUAUGGUUGUUGGUAAUCAUAAGUACGAUGGCUGAUUGGGAUUUCGACAAUUGGGUUGCUGUUUGUAAAGACUGUGAGCGUUAUCAGGGGGAGAUCCGACUACUGAAAGAAAAACAAGAAAAGGUUCAACAGCUAUUGGUUGCAAAAGACCAAAUCAUUGACGAUGUUCAAAACUUCCGUCAAUUGAUUAUCAACACUGACGGCGUGUACAAGAGCCUGAGCAAGGUUGCGGCAGCGAAGCAGCGGCUCAAGGAGAGGAAUGCGCUGUACCAGGAGCGACAGAGGCUCAUGCUGUCCGUGGUGAGCCGGCUGACGGUGCUCAUAUACAGCUCGCUGCACUUCAUGAGGCUGUGGGAGGACGAGCACGAGAUCACCAAGAGAGCCAUCGAUGUGACGGUGGACCAGAGGCAGCAGCUAGAGCAGCAGAACGCCAAGUUGCUCGGCAUUGAGCAAAUGCAGAAGCAGUACGUUGCUCUUGUUGCAGAACAGGCAGAGAAGCUGAAAGUGGUCGAGAACAUGGAGAAGGAAGUCGCCAACCUGAAGAAGAUCGUCAAAAAACAAGACAGACAGCAUACGAAAACUCUGGAGAGGGCAGUGUCAGCGUUUCUUGAGAUACUCUCUCAGUAUCACAUGGAACGUAAAUUAUCGAGGAAGCAAGCAGUUUGGUUGGAAAAUUGUGAAAAGAGUAUGGCGGGUAAGAAAAUUUCAGACGCUAUGCGUUACACUCCAUUAUUCAAAAGUUUGGAAGAAGUCAAGGAGGACGAUGUUGAUGGUGAAGACGAUUGUGAUGAGACGCUGAGUGCUAAGGUGGACACUUCGUCCCGAGACGUUGCAGUGGGCGACAGCGAUUGUGCUUUGCUCCACGAUGCGUGUGUGGGUACGGAGGAUCUCAUUACUGAAGUGAGUGGCCUGGCAGGGGACAGGACGGCGCGCUCUGAGACGGUGGUCCCUGGCGUGGAUGACGGGUGCAGCGAUAAGUCCCCUGACUCUGGCAUCCAGACCCUGCAGUCUCCAUGUACGUGGGCUGCAUUGUGUCUCUUCUUGCUGGAGUGUGUGUUUAGACCUGCGGUAAUCUACAGGCUCGGGUUUGUCUGGCAGCAGACAGUGUCCCAGGCGUCCCAGGAGACGGAGUGUUGGACCGGCAGUGUCGACAGCUGCCGUAACCUACAGCUUCCCACGAUUGUUUCGGCGCCGUUCUCGCUGGAAGAGGGAUACAUGUCGGAGUCACCUGCAACCCCAUACAAUGAUUGGAGCAUGGUUGACCAUGAUUAUUACAGACGUGAUGACAAUGUUGCAAAGCCUCAAGACAUACACGGCAUGAGUCUCAUUACAGAUCCCCAUCGUACCAAAGAAUCCGGAGAUGUUGAUUCCAUAAGGACUUCAACUCCAUACAUGACCAAAAGGUUGCAUGUGGGAGAGAGUACUGAACACAUGGCCAAGUCGGUUGAUAAACAGCUCGAACAUGUGUUUGGUGUGAUAGGCACAGUUUCACCUAAAACAUACCCAGGGAAACGGCAGUUGAGGGUUGCGAAAGAGAAGGUGAUAAUUGUAGAUAAAGAACAGACAAAUACUUCUGAGAAAGUGGUGACUCACUCAGAUAUGCAGCAAGUGGAUAUCCCUGAAAGAGAGCAAAACCCAGUGGAUAAGGAAAACUCAAGGAAUCAAGAUAGUUGCUUAGAUAACCAGAAAGCAAUCCCUCUUAAAAAGAGGCAGAUUCUAGUUGAAGUAGAGCAACAGAAAGCAUUGAGUCUUGAGGCUUUGCUGUUGGAGGCAAGUGGUGACGAGGCAGCUACAAAUGCAAAGAGUGGACCAACAGUCUUUGAAAAAUGCGAGAGGGGAAGGAUGAAUGAACCAGCUGGAAACAUAACGGAAGAAAUGUUUCAGGGCUGGGGUUCAGAUUUUACUUCGCCGCGCAAAAACCCAGUGUGCGAUGGUGUUCAACAGACUUCGUCAGGGAAAAAUGUGCCAGUUCCAUUAAAAAGUAUCUUUGAUGUUUCGAGUGAAAGUGAUGAGGAUCCCGUCAAGAAACAGGCUGUGCUUGCCCUUGAGGAUGGAGGUGGUGUGGACAAGCGGCAGGUGAGUGCUGAGCAAGAGCUGUUUGGGGACUUUAUCGAUACAGACGAGGAGGAUGGCUGGGAGGCCGUGGAGAACCCACUUGAGUCGAUGUCGGAGGUUAAGAAAGUGUUAAAGGCUUCAACGAACCUACCCGAGUUGGAUUUCGAGAAAGUUUCUGAGGCCAUGGAAACCCCACUUGAGUCGACCACUGAGGUGGGGAAAGCAUUAACGAUUCCCGAUGUUCCACUCGAGCCGAUUUCUGAGAUAGGGAAAGUUGUUGAGAUGUUGGAAGACUCUCCUGUGCUGAUGCUGGAGGUCGGGAAAGCGAUAGGCAUUGUGGAAGAAGAGAGAACCCCUGAGAUGUGUGUGAUGAGGCGUGCUGAUGAAAAUGUUGAGGUGCACGUCAGUGAAGAGGUGAUGGUACACGGGGAUGGGGCAAGUGUUGUGGAAGAACGAGGCUCAUCUAUUGUCAGACAAGAUUCACAUAAUGAGGUAAUUGAAGAUGAAGUGAAUGGUGUAGGUAGUCUCCUUACAAUGACUCUCGAAGGGGAAGAUACGGGUGGUCAACCCGAGGGUGAAGAUAAGGGUAGUGAGCAAGUGAACAACUGUGUUGGAAAUAUUUGUAAAAAUGAUGAGGUACCCAAUGUAGAAAACCCACCGAUGAAGAUAUCUAAAGGUAGUGAUGAGGGUACUGUUGUAAAGGAAAUUAUUGCUGCUGAGAGGGAAUGUGUAAACGGCAGUUGUGGCGACAGACAGCUACUUGCGAACGUGGUUUGUGGUAAGAGCUCUUUUGUGGGCAAGCAAGCAGCUGGUAAUGACAAAAGUAAUCACUCUGUACAAACCAUUGGUGACAGUAUUAUUUUGUGUGUAGACGAUCAGCUACAAAAUCAACGGGAGGAUGCGAAGUCUCCUGACAUUGCCAGGAUGCUAGCAGAAUUCACUCAGUAUUGCUUGCUUAGCCCAGUCUCUCCAGAAGUGCUGAAUGAAGAGGGUGGAGGAGAACAGAGUCAGUCGGGAGUGUCGGGAAUUCAGGUCGCAGGCCCAGCAGACCGGAUCGCAGAACCCUCGGCUGGUGAACAGCACACCGGCAAGGACAGUAGCAUGGAGAAUGUGGAGUGUGAGCUGGAGAUCAAGUAUGUUAGCGUGAAAGCUACUAACAAGGAACGCAGGAAAACCAGGAAACUGCCUAAACAGGACGUCAGCCAAGUGAUGUGCGAAAAACAAAAUGGUGCAGAUAAACAACUUUCUACAGAAAUUUGCAGAGUUGAAAAGAAGUGUGUAAAAAAUUAUGAGCCUUCACAUCAAAUAAUUAAUCUCCAAGAAAGUAGCUUGACAAGAAUCACUACUGAUUUAAAAGACUGUGUAGAAACGUACUUCACAAAAAUUAUGGAUGAAACCGUUCAUAAGCGAGAGUUUGAGGACUUUGUUGCCAAAGAGUUCACGCCAUUUAAGAAUGCAAUAACUGAAACAUUGGAAGAAAUAAAGGCUAAAAUAACCUCGUUUCAGGAGACAUCUGCCUCUUGUGGUGGCAUGUCUGGGCGUGGCACACCAGGCUCUGCAAAAAGAAGUAGUGGCGUUACUUUAUCGCAAAGGAAACGUGUUCGUAAGACCCGCGAUACGAUAGACACAACUCCGCCUCAACCUCAUAGAUCUACACGCAGUCAUGCUUCUAGACGUUCAUCUACCCGCAGUCUAGUUUCUUCUGGUAGUAGAGAUGCUGGUGUAAAUAAUGUUGAAUCAUCAGACUCUGACUGCAAUAGUGAAAGCUCUUUUAUAAAACUGCCCGCCAAAUGUGGACGAAGGUUAGUUUUAUCCAGCUCUGACAGCAGCGAUGAAGAGCUGUUGAAACGUCGAUGUAGAAAUUCUGUUUGCAAAGUUUCGUUGAAAAAUAUUCUUCUAAAAGGUGAUAACUCUAAUGAACUAGCAGCUUCAGGUAAGCAACUAGUAGUAGGUAAAAAAGACUGCUCUAAUAUUAAAUGUACAGGUGAGGAAAAUAUUACAGUGAAAAGUAAUGAAAAUAAUUGUUUUAAUGCAGAACCAGUUAGUGUUCAGGAUGAUUCUAAUGUAGAGGUUGUUAGUUUUAUGGAUACGUCCAAUGCAGAACAUAUUCACAUACCAAAUAAUUCAAAUGUUGAAACUGAAGUUGGACGUGGGCGUGCUCUUCGGAAGCGUAAUAUUUCAGUGUGCGAGUCUGAGGACUCUGGUGGGUGUAAAGGAAAGCGUGGAAAUGUAAAACGUAGAACCGCCUUUGAAAGUCGUAGAAAGUCUAGUUUGCUGUCCAGUGAAAAAGAAGUUGAAAGUGAUGAAGAAACUCCUCCACCAUGUUCUAGAAAGAAAAAUAAUUUAAGAAAAUCAAAAAGCAUUAAAAAAUUGGGAAUAUUUGAGACGUUAAAGCCAAAUGUUGAAACUAAAAGUCAGAUGGAAAUUGCAGUUAGAUCAGAACAGUUUGAAUUGAAAGAACGUAGUUCAGAAAGUGCACCAACGGGUAAGAUAAAUAAUACUGCAAUACUGGAAAAUGGAUGUGUUAGAAGAAUGGAGUAUAAAAUUCCUAAUGCCAAACCAUUAAGAAUAGCUCGUAAAGGAAAUAAUGAUUUGGAAGAGAACUUGCCAUAUAAUUUAGAUCUGAACUUUAAGAGAGAGUAUCUUUCUGAAAAGUUCAAAGCUAUUUCAAAUGCCAGAACGAUACAGAAAACUAAAAAACCAUCACUCCUUAAAAAAAUAAUUUCGAAAUGUGAACGAAUAAGUAAAAUCGGGAAAGUGGAGGAAAAAGAUGCCAAACCUACAAGGAGACGCAAGAAAGCAAGGGUCUGUAGUUUGAGCAAAGAAAGUGAUGUUGGAUCAAAUGAUGAGUCUGAAAAGCAAACUGCUGAUAGUGGAAAAGAAAAACUGCCGAUGCUGAGUCAGGAAUAUUUGGUAUGCCAUGAAAAUGCUGAUAGCUGUGAAACCCUUAUGCUUUCUGAUUAUUACAAACCAGGAUUGUCAUCUCAAGAAGUUGGAUUCCCUUUAAGUAAAGACACUGGCGAUACUAUAGUGUCUGAGGAGCAAAACCAAGCAGAUUUGCGAUCUGCAAGGAUAGAGCCUCCGGGACAUGAUGUCGAUGUUGACGGCUGUAAAACACCUACGUUCACAGAGUAUUACUCAUCAAAGGUACUACCAAGACGUAAAUAUUCUGUGUGUGACGACAACAUUGAUGGCAGUAGAACUCCUACUUAUUCAGAGUAUUACAGUAAUGAUUUGCUGUUACCGUCAAGACUGAAUUAUUCUGGACCCAAUAGCAGUUUGCCUUGUGGCUCCAGACAAGAUGGUUGUCUUAUUGCAGAAGAGCCUUUUAAUGCUAUAGCUAAUGAAUCUCUUGCUGGAGCUUGCAAGCCCCCCACUGCUGCCAACGAUAGAAGAACAUCUCCUGUAUCACUGACAAGGCCUACUGCGUGUAUAGUUGGGUUGCAAGGCACGUCAGCAGGUUCCAGACCAGUUGCUGUUCAGGAAGGUGUCACAUUGACGAACCAUUCAACUGGACACAGUGUGAGCCCUCUGUGCCCGAGUCUGCUCAUAUUCCCGGAGCGUAUCAAGGUGGAGAAAGAUAGAGAAGGUGAUUGGGAUGGCGUCAUGGAUAGCGAUCCAUCAGAGGACGAUGGCAGGAACUUGGUGUUAACACCUCCGGCCAAAACGUACGGCAGGAACAGAAGCGGUACCUCGUGUCCGGUUGAGAAGGAAGUGCGUUUGCAGCAUUUGAACCAGAGCGAGUCCCUGGGAACCCAGUCCAGAGCUGCACAUGUUGUGAACCUCGACGACUCUAACGUUGAGGACUUGAUUAGCGUGGAGGCAGUCAUAGGUGACUCUGACUCGUCGUUGAGUGUAAAUAGUGAUGUGAAAGAAGUUGCAAACAAUGUUAUACCAUCGUGUGUAGGCUUUAAUAGUCGAGAAGUUCCUAUGACAAGUAAUGUCAAUCUCCAAGGUGUAGUGUCUUCAGAGCCAUUAUAUUCACCUGAUUCUGUAAUUAUGAGGCCAAAACAUUGUGCAGCGAUGGUUGUGACUAAACCAUUGCACCCUUCCUCUGUGAUUGCAAAGCCACCGCAAUCUGAGUUAGAGCCCCACACCACAUUGCACUUAGCAUCUAAUGAAUCAAUUAAGAAUUUGUCAAGGACCCCAGGUGCUUUGCAGAACAGAUCUUGUGCAGUACCUUCAACAAUGCGUAGUACAGCUAGUAGUGCACCUGGUCCUUCAACCUCAAGGAUGUUCCCACAAGCUUCGAGUGUGCAAGUCCCCAGAGCGCCUCCUGGUCCGUUUGGCUCCAGAGGUCCUGACGUCCAGCCAGGCGGCAAGGACCCUGAAACGGCUGCCACGAAGCAGUCCUUUCAGGAGUGCUGGAGGCCGUACUUCGUGAGGGCUCAGCACAAGGUGCACGCAGAUCGCAAGUUCAAUACCAAUCCCAAUUUUCAGCAUAUGGAAACUUAUGCUGACGGUAUUUUAACAGAGUUCCUUAAAAAGGAAUUGUCGCAGAAAAGUGUGGACGCCACAGUAUACAGUCUAACCAACUACAGCCGAGGGAUGACAGCAGAGAUACUGGCAAUUAGCAUAAUCCGCGCCACGAUGAACAACAUCAGUCGAGACUACGUGGAGGUGCGGAAGGGGAUGCCACGCAUCACCGACGCGGAGCACCAUCUGCUGGCUCUCGUCUUCAAGCUGAGCAACGUGGCCGAGUUCAGGUGCACCAAGGACGCCAUCCUGUCCUCCGUCGUGUACGGCAUGUUCCGGCUCUGUCGGACGCCCCAGGCGGAUGUUCUGUACGCUCUGACGCGGUUAUUCGUGUUGCUGUGCCUGAGGUACAGGCUGUACACACACAUCCUCAUGCUGUGCUGUGACGCGCUGUUUACGCUCAACUACGGAGCGUUCCCUGUCGUGUAUGCUGCGCUCUUUCUCUAUGACAAGCUGCUGUUAAGGGCGAACCUGGGCAAAGAACAACCGCUGUGUCUCGUCAUUAGCCACGUUCUGCUGAGUCAUCAGAACAUCAACGAUACUCCGUUGUUCAAGGUCGAGAGCUUGAAGAAGCUUGUGUGCAAGAGGUACGGCUAUCAGAGAGGAGAGUUCAUGUUUCCUGACGUGCUCAAGAAGCUCUCUGGCUGGCUGCGAGAGGGCCGGGUAACCUACAUGGAGAGGGCUUACCUGAUCCUCGCCAAGAAGCAGCCAUGGCACAUCGUCAACAGGGAGAUCAUCAAGAAACAGCUGAUGAUGAUGUUGAGCGAGUGGCAAGACCAGAAGUUGAGCGAAACCUCUGUCCUCGUCGUCAUCAGGUUGUUAGGUUAUGUUCCCCGCAGUUUCCCCUGCUGCCCCAAGACGUUUGUUGUGGUAGCGGAAGUGCUGGACACGCUCAGCGGUCUCCUCGGCAGGCCCGGCAAUACCGCGCAGAUCGAGGAGGCGGUUGUGACGGCAGUCAUGGCUCUCGCGAACCACGCCUUCUCACGAGUGUUGGGCAUCGUCAGGUCUUGGAAGCCUCUGCGGCCGCUCCCCGACACGUUCUUCGACCCGUUGUACAGCAUGAGGAAGUUCAGGGACUGGCCGGCGCUUCUCGAGACAGCCAAAGUAAAAACCACUCAGUAGUGUUUUAGUAAUCGGUGACUUUGUAAACCCCUAGUACAAAAGUGUGCAACCUCGUGUUCGUGUGUACAUUCUGUGUAAAAGAAAGUUGUUUUGCCAGCUGCAAGUUAGUUAUGAAGUAAACUUGUAACAUAAUUCUCUUUUGCAUCUGUUGUGUAUUUAUGUGUGACCAUUGUAAUGUUUAUAAGAAUUUUUGUACAAAAUAUUUGUAAAAGUAGUUAUACGAUCUUAAUGUUAUCUGAUGCUUAAUUUUUUUUUAAUUCGGCGUGCGUUUGUGAUGAAAAAAUGACUUUAUCAAUAAAGCUCUGUUUAUUUAA